UUGGGGAGGUGAGAGGUGAUUUCCUGCCAUUCUUCUGUGGGGCGGGCUUCCCAGGGCGCUCAUGCCAGGCUGACGGGUGCAGUGCGGGCUCCCGCUGCUGGGGGAGAGCUGAGUUUUCAUGGGGCGGCAGCCGAAGCAGGACCCGCAGCCAUGAACCGCUUCAAUGGGCUCUGCAAGGUGUGUUCGGAGCGCCGCUACCGCCAGAUCACCAUCCCGAGGGGGAAGGACGGCUUUGGCUUCACCAUCUGCUGUGACUCUCCCGUCCGAGUCCAGGCCGUGGAUUCCGGGGGCCCGGCGGAGCAGGCGGGGCUGCAGCAGCUGGACACGGUGCUGCAACUGAACGAGAGGCCUGUGGAGCAUUGGAAAUGUGUGGAGCUGGCCCACGAGAUCCGGAGCUGCCCCAGUGAGAUCAUCCUGCUUGUGUGGCGCAUGGUCCCCCAGGUCAAGCCGGGGCCAGAUGGUGGGGUCCUGCGGCGGGCCUCCUGCAAGUCGACGCACGACCUCCAAUCGCCCCCCAACAAGCGGGAGAAGAACUGCUCCCACGGGGCCCAGGCACGACCCGAGCAGCGCCACAGCUGCCACCUGGUGUGUGACAGCUCCGAUGGGCUACUGCUUGGCGGCUGGGAGCGCUACACCGAGGUGGCCAAGCGUGGGGGCCAGCACACCCUGCCUGCGCUGUCUCGGGCCACUGCCCCCACCGAUCCCAACUACAUCAUCCUGGCCCCGCUGAACCCUGGGAGCCAGCUGCUUCGGCCCGUGUACCAGGAGGAUACCAUCCCUGAAGAAUCAGGGAGUCCCAGUAAAGCAAAGUCCUACACAGGCUUGGGGAAGAAGUCUCGGCUGAUGAAGACAGUGCAGACCAUGAAGGGCCACGGGAACUACCAGAACUGCCCGGUCAUGAGGCCGCACGCCACACACUCAAGCUACGGCACUUAUGUCACCCUGGCCCCCAAAGUCCUGGUGUUCCCCGUCUUUGUUCAGCCUCUGGAUCUCUGUAACCCUGCCCGGACCCUCCUGCUGUCAGAGGAGUUGCUGCUGUACGAGGGGAGGAACAAGGCUGCCCAGGUGACACUGUUUGCCUACUCAGACCUGCUGCUCUUCACCAAGGAGGAUGAGCCUGGCCGCUGCGACGUCCUGAGGAACCCUCUCUACCUCCAGAGUGUGAAGCUGCAGGAAGGUUCUUCAGAAGACCUGAAAUUCUGCGUGCUGUAUCUAGCAGAGAAGGCAGAGUGCUUAUUCACUUUGGAAGCGCACUCGCAGGAGCAGAAGAAGAGAGUGUGCUGGUGCCUGUCGGAGAACAUCGCCAAGCAGCAACAGCUGGCAGCAUCGCCCCCGGAGAGCAAGAUGUUUAAGACGGAGGCAGAUGAGAAGAGGGAGAUGCCCUUGGAAGAAGGGAAGGUGCCAGGUGCCGAAGAUUCCCUUCCCAGCAAGGACUCCUCUCCUGGCCAGGAGCUUCCUCCAGGACAAGGGCUUCUACCCAAAAAGGACUCCUCUUCUGGGCAAGAACCCGCUCCUGCCCAAGAAUCACUGUCCAGCAAAGACUCACCUACGUGCAAAGAAGCCCCUCCAGGCUCAGAAGCCCCACCAAGCAAGGACUCUCUACCAUGCCAGGAACCCCCUUCAGCCCAAGACCUCCCACCCUGCCGGGACCUUCCUGCUAGUCAAGAACCCCCUCCUUGCCAGGACCCUCUGCUCAGCAAAGACCUCCCCGUCAUCCAGGAGCCCCCGGCCCAGGACCUGCCCCCCCGUCAAGCUCUGCCUCCCAGCCAGGUCUCCCUGCCAGUCGAGGCCCUUGUUGAGGAGACUGCAAGCUCUGGGGACCCACCAGCAGCCACUGGGGACCUGCCCGUGGCCUCCAGGCCGGCCUUCGUGAUUCCGGAGGUCCGGCUAGAUAGUGCCUACAGCCAGAAGGGAAGGGCAGAGGGGGGCAGCUCAGCUGAUGAGGAGGAUGCAGAAGAGGCUGAGGAAGGGGAAGAGGGGGAGGAAGGGGAGGAGGACGAGGAUGAGGACACAAGUGAUGACAACUAUGGAGGGCGCAGUGAGGCCAAGCGCAGCAGCAUGAUCGAGACAGGCCAGGCUGCCGAGGGCGGCCUCUCCCUGCGUGUGCAGAAUUCGCUGCGGCGCCGGACGCACAGCGAGGGCAGCCUGCUGCAGGAGGCCCGUGGGCCCUGUUUCUCCUCCGACACCACCUUGCACUGCUCAGAUGGCGAGGGCGUUACGUCCACCUGGGCCAUGCCUUCUCCCCGCACCCUCAAGAAGGAACUGGGCCGCAAUGGUGGCUCCAUGCACCACCUCUCCCUGUUCUUCACAGGACACAGGAAGAUGAGUGGGGCCGACACAGUCGGGGACGAUGACGAAGCCUCCCGGAAGAGAAAGAGCAAAAACCUGGCCAAGGACAUGAAGAACAAGCUGGGCCUCUUCAGACGGCGGAACGAGUCCCCCGGGGCCCCUCCAGCGGGCAAGGCGGACAAAAUGAUGAAGUCCUUUAAGCCCACCUCGGAGGAAGCCCUCAAGUGGGGCGAGUCCUUGGAGAAGCUGCUGCUUCACAAAUAUGGAUUAGCUGUGUUCCAGGCCUUCCUUCGCACUGAGUUUAGUGAGGAGAACUUGGAAUUCUGGCUGGCUUGUGAGGACUUCAAGAAGGUCAAGUCACAGUCCAAGAUGGCAGCCAAAGCCAAGAAGAUCUUUGCUGAAUACAUUGCAAUCCAGGCGUGCAAGGAGGUCAACCUGGACUCGUACACACGGGAACACACCAAGGACAACCUGCAGAGUGUCACGCGGGGCUGCUUUGACCUGGCACAGAAGCGCAUCUUUGGGCUCAUGGAAAAGGACUCAUACCCUCGCUUUCUCCGCUCUGACCUCUACCUGGACCUUAUUAACCAGAAGAAGAUGAGUCCCCCGCUUUAGAGGCCACGGGAGCAGAGCUCAGCGUUCAUGCCAGGCAGGCUGGGCCCCCUGCCCACCUGCCUCUCUCCCCCUGCGACGGAGGGGGCAAGCAAGCCCCCAGAGGCCGUGUCUCCGGACAGAUGGACAUUUGGAUGCGAGGCCUGGACCAAGAGUUCCAGGCCGCUGGAGGAGCAGAAGGACUGGCCCGCUGGGUCCCCCUGCCCUGGUACGAGGGGGCCCAAGGGCCUCGGCAGGUCAGGGACUCUGGCUGAGCCAGAUCUGAAGCUGCUCUGCACGCCACAGAGACUUCGGAGACUUUGUGUUGACCAAGUUCCUUAAAGAACUGGUUGAUGGGGCAGGGGGCCCAGGUCGGGGCCCUGGGGCCCUCCUAGAGGGGCCUUUGGGGCUCUCAGCUCUGACCCCCGCCUUGAGUUUUAUUUAUUUAAACAGUAGUGGGAUGCUUGGCACGUCGUCCUGUAAUAGGAAACCCUUGCCUCGUCAGUUUUCCUAAUUUACAAGUGCAAUAUUUUAACCAAUGCCUUGUGAAAAGCCGCCUUGCAGAGGUGGGCACCGUUUUCCAGUUUCAGGGGAUCUGCUGGUCCCAGAGGUAGGCAGCUGGGCCUUCUGGACUGAUAAGGCCCAAAGGGACACUGCAGUCUGACCCUGCACAGAAACCCAGCAUCCCCUGGGUGGGAGUAUCCCUCGGGGCCCCGGGUCAGCAUGGCGCCCUCAGACCACACAGUAGCCAAGCUCGGGAGCAAAUAAAAGGCCUGUGUUUCUUCUUGUUCUUGAAACUU